AUGGGAAAGAGUGGGGAAGAAGAGGACAGCGGUAUGUUCAAAGCAGCUCCUCUUCUGCUGUCAGGUGUUGCCUGCGCACCAAGACCCAUGGUCAUCGUGGUGAAGGUGCUGAAGGGGGUUAAGGCACUUGCGGUGAGUGGACUGGCAGACACUCCUGAAGUGGUGGGGGUGGUGGUGAAGAGGAGGAAGAUGCUGUGGAUGAAGCUUGUUGGACAUUCACAUGGGCUGAGGAGGAGAGCAGGACACCUGUUGGAGGACUGA